UACGUAUUUCACAACACUGGCCAAUUGCACGUGCGAUAUAGACUUGUUUUGAUUUGAAAUGGACAUUUUUAAUAAUCGUCCGGGAUUUUGUCCGUCCUGUGGGUCAAUCUUGCCACCACUGCAAAUCAAAGGAAACGUAUUUUGUUAUAACUGUAAACAAGAGUCCUCUCCAGAUGUUUUCAUCGGGGAGACAUCUGAAUAUACAAUACACUUUAACAGAUUCGAUCCCAGCAAGAUUUCUAAAAAAGGAAUCCCUAAGUCCGAAGCAGCAGAAGCAGAUGGUCCCGUUGUCGAGCGAAAGUGCCCCAAAUGCGGCAACGAGAAAAUGUCCUAUGCCACAUUACAGCUGCGCUCGGCCGACGAAGGUCAAACGGUGUUUUUUACAUGCCUGAAGUGCAAAUACAAGGAAUCGGAGAACUCCUAAAUGCAUAAUUUUAGCUGUUAGUCAACUAACUGUGUAAAUACAUAUAACUUAUAUUAAUCAAAAUAACUAUGCUCAACGGCCUGAAAAUAAAUGUAGAGGGAAAAAUA